AUGGCUCCUCUUUCCUACUCGAAGACGGCCAAGGUGCCGCGCAGACCCUUCGAGGCCGCUCGCCUGGACUCCGAGCUGAAGCUCGUUGGUGAAUACGGUCUGAGGAACAAGCGUGAGGUCUGGCGUGUCCAGCUCACCCUGUCCAAGAUUCGUCGUGCUGCCCGUCAGCUUCUUACCCUCGACGAGAAGGACCCCAAGCGUCUCUUCGAAGGCAAUGCCCUCAUUCGCCGUCUCGUCCGCGUCGGUGUCCUUGACGAGUCCCGCAUGAAGCUCGAUUACGUCCUGGCCCUCAAGGUCGAGGAUUUCUUGGAGCGCCGCCUGCAGACCUGCGUCUACAAGCUCGGUCUCGCCAAGUCCAUCCACCACGCCCGUGUCCUGAUCCGCCAGCGCCACAUCCGCGUCGGCAAGCAGAUCGUCAACGUCCCUUCGUUCAUCGUCCGUCUCGACUCCCAGAAGCACAUUGACUUCGCCCUGACCUCGCCCUUCGGUGGCGGUCGCCCCGGCCGUGUCCGCAGGAAGAAGGCCAAGGCCGCCGAGUCCAAGGAGGACGGCGAGGAGGAGGAGGAUGAGGAGUAA